AUGGCAUUUGAUGGAUUCACCGCUUUUGAGGAUUUAUCAAUUGAGGCAAUUGACAAUGAUUGGUGGUUUGAUCUAUCCGAUCAGCGCGAGGCAAAAUCUAAAAGUGACGAAAGGCGAUGGUUCAAAGAGAAACUAACAAUACCUUGCCAAGUACCCAUCUGUUGUAGAAUUGUAAGAGCUGUUCGCGACAUACACAAGUUUUCGGACUUCUCAAAGGUGCAGGACUCUCGAGCAAAGAGCUUUGCACCUUUAGAUUCACUUCAGGACGAGUUGGGAAAAGCAUUGACAAAUGGACCAGCGCAAAACGAUCCAGAAACGCUUGACGACUCAGAUUUGGAACUUUUGGCGGGCGAGGAUUAUUUCACGCAAGAAGAGCCUGACGAAAAGGUAAUUGAACCAAGCUCUGCGCCCAUUGUAAGCGCAACAUUUAUUGCGAGUCGAAAUGCACUAAAAACCACUUUUAAGGACAAAGUAUUCCAAUGCCCUUUCGAUAUAAUCGACUGCAAAAUUAGAUACAGCAGCUUGAAUAGCCCAGAGGAUACUGCCAUCAUUUUAUCAUCUGAAGGCAUAAUAUAUUCCGUAGCUUUCGAUGCUGAAUUAAAUCCUAUCGUUUUGCAAUGGUGGAAAUUGAACAAAAUCGAUGGUGUACCCCGUGAAAUUUGUAUGCUGUCACCAUCCAGCCAGUUUGUUGUGACUACAGACACAACGUUAAAAUUCUUCAAGUUCACCAACGCGUACCAUUUUGAACUUGUGAGUAAUGUGAACAUUACGAAUACAACAAUUUCUGCUACUGCUUUUCUCAACAGCGGUGAACGAGAAAAUCAUUUUAUGCUGUUCACAGCACUUUCACGUUGCAAAGAAAUCAUCUUGUGCUUGACUCAAUGGGGAAGCUCCGACGAAAAAUGUAAAGAAGUACACACGUUGACCUUACUAGAUAGCGAGCCAGUUUCAAGCAUAAUUCCUCUUGACGAUUCGCGCUGCCUAGCUGUUACUGAAAAAGAUAUCAAGCUUGUUAACGCUAACCAAAUACUUUCCGGAGAGCCGACUUUCAUGUCGUUUAAACGAUCCAUGUUUGGCAGCAGCGUUACCAAAUGUUUUGAUGAUCCCAUUUUACUCUCCAAGAUAAAAAGUGUCAAGGAAGGAUAUCAAAAUGCAGCUCACUGCACGGUGAUCGCUACUUCAAAUGGCGCCCUUUGCUGUUGCUUGAGUGAGGAAGAAGGAUCGAUAUCAUUUAUGGCAUUGACUAGAGUAAAAGGUCUUGAUAAUGCGUUUUUGCUCGAUAACAGCUCCACUACUGCGGAAUUUUACACUGUUAUGAUCUCCGCCUAUGGCCAACUUACUGAAACUUGCCUUGAUCUGCGGAAUACAGAUGAGCUGGACAAAGACUACAAGAUUAGCUCCUCCCAAAAUAUCGAGGGCAAAAGAAUACUCAGCGCAGGACAUGCACCCGCAGAAUCGAUAGUUUAUAUUCCAGGUUCGCGAACCCAACUUGAAAAGCAGGACCUGCCGUGUUUGCUGUCACAGGCUUCUCUGACUCUUUUAUCUCCCAACAGAGCUGUGCAAAAUUGUUCAACGUUGCUUUCCGUCAGGUCAUUCAAAGCCGUCUCAACCUUGAAUGUGAUAAACUGCUUGGAUUUGCCUGAAAAGUGGCAACAGCAAUUACUAGGAGAUACAACAGCAGAUGCACCGCAAUUUUUGAUCUUAAAUGAAACACGUACCGGGAAAUCAAGCUUGCUACUUAUCGAAUGGGCCGCUGAUUAUAGUACACAUAAACUAACUGAAUUGGAUGACUUAAUGAGGGAUGAGUCUAACGAUACCGUCGCAAUCCAUUUCACAGAUCGUAAUUUUGUUCAGGUUACUACUCGAGGCCUGAGCGUCGACAGCCUCGGGGGCAAUGACUGGUUCUCAUAUCAGUCCAGCUUUGUUGUGAGCGGAGCCUUGUGCGAUGGAAAGAAAAUAAUUAUGUGGAACUCUGACUGCGGAAAUGUGCUGUAUAUUGAAGACGUGGAUGACACCCGAUCUGAAUACUAUGAGGAGUUUAAAGUCCCUUUAGAAGACGAACAUUCAAAGAUAACAGCAGUAAUGUUCACUAGAGAGAUGAAUGGGCAAGAAUCAAUUCUUGUUGUGAGCGGCGCAACUGUACAUCAGGCUUUUUUGAAUGAUCUCAACACCCCACAGGGUGGGCUUCGACGGGUAAGCGAGGUCCAGGUGCACUAUGGUAGCGCAUUUCAAAAGGAAUUUGUCCUAAGUGACCUUAAUGGUGGGAUUUAUCGGGGAGUGAUCGGCGAGACAAUGCCAAACAAGCUGAGCUUAGACAAGUUGAGUGUGAAUUUGGAGUUUGGAUUCCCCUGGGAGGUACGAUUCGUGAGCGCGGAUGAAUGUAUCUUAUUUUCUCCGCGUACGAUCUAUUCAUUAAGUUUGACAGAUUCGAGUUUUGCCGAGAUCUUGGUUGGAUCUCACAAAAAACACGCUACAAUAAUUGACGUCAAGGUGAGCGGAGCGCUACUAUUUAUUCUGUUUUCGGACAGGUUAGAGGUGGUUUUCCGAAGCUCCCUCACCCACACGCGUUUGCACCAACCAGUAAAAAAUGCCAGGAUAAAACAAAAGAGGUUUCUGUAUAUAAACCGCAUCAACCGAAUGCUGAUCGUCAAUUGGUCACGAAGGACGCUUGAGUCGGUGAAACUGGAAAAUGGAAGAAUUAUGUUGCUAGACUCUCGGUGUCUUGAAUCUUUUUCAACAAUUAGCGAGACUGUCGAAUUGAAAGCCAACACCGGUCCUAUCAAUAUCCUUAUCGCUGGAAGUACUGACACGGGCAGCUGCCUGCUCAAGCUGGUACAGGUCGUGCCGCUACCAGGGAAGCUUAUUACACGAGAAGUCAGCAGUUUCCAUUUUGACGGUCCCAUUCCAGGAAACGUCCACAUUGUCACCGUGAGUGAGGACUCAUUCUGGGUAUUCUAUGGCGAACAUUUUCAGAUGUUUUCACUAGAUCGCAACAUGCUAUGUCCCAUUGGCUUGGUGGAACGGUCCGAGGAAAAACUCGUAUCAAUGGAUGCCAAAGCUGAUAUUGUUGUGGCACUGAAUUGUAGCGGUAACUUCAAGGUCAAAUCAAGACAAGUUGAUGGAUCCUGGAUUACCACGGAUGUGUUGCGUCGGUCUUCGAGCAAUUUGAAAUACCACAAAGUUCUCGUCAUGAGCCGUGGUUUCGUGGUCAUAAUAGGUGAGCGUCACGAUGAUUCUGCUGCGUGUGCCGUUUUAACAUUUUUCGCCCCAUGCGGUGACGACGUGGUAUAUUUCAAUGAUAUCUGGUUUGCCGAUCCCAUAAAAGACGUGAAGUAUUCGCCUCAGAAUGAUGAGCUUUGUGUCCUUUUCGAGAACGGCAAUUUGACCUUACUGGCUGGUCAACGCGAGUAUCACAGAGUUUCUCACGUCGUCGGACAAAGAACGCGGAUCGAUCAGGGUUUGGACGUUCAAGGCCAAACCGGCUGCUGGGAUAUAACGUCCCACAAGCUGAUACCUUCACAAUCAUGA